UUGACACGCCCGAUUGGAAUAAUAUUAUUGAAAAGAGAUAUAAGGAACGUAUCACAGUCCGACGUCGUGAAAAAACUUUCACUAUGUACGAACAAGAACAUGAAAUUAUUGGGAGUCAAUUAUUCAAAGACCAGGAAAACUAUCUCGAAAAUUAUGAACCCAAUAAUCUACAGGAUGACGAAUCAACAACAGCCAAGAGGAAUGAAGAGAACCACAACAAGCAUGUUAUAGCUAGUGUGGCGGAAUCGAUGGUUGGAAGUGUAGAAAGAGCUCCGUUGAUGAUAGAAGAUAUUGACAUAGAGAAAACUUUCAUAGAUUAUCGUGAUCAAUGCGAAAACAUUUUUGAUCUAUGUCAUAGCGAUAUUAUGGACAUGCGACCUACGUCACGCUUCACAAAUGAAAUUGCAGAAGAAGCUUGGACCAAAUUUGUUCUAAAUACAUAUCCCGAAUAUAAUCUACCUAAAAAUUGGGAAAAUUUUGUACAAGAAUUCUUUAAGGAUAGUCUAAAAGAAUGGAAAACUGCUUGGCGUGGACUUUAUAAAAGCGAAUUCAAUGAAACCGACCAAGAACUGCAUUGAAGCUUUUGAGGCGCCUACUAAAAUCAGGUGACCUCGAAGAAAACCAAUAACUCCCCCAGCGUAACCAUCAAAAAAAAGCUCGGGCACGUGAUUCAUGUGAUUUGACUGUGGCUAAGUGUGGCUAUUGAAAUUGCACUACGCAGCUAUUGCAACUUAACCCUAACUAACUCCAAAGGUAAAAGUUUCAGCCUAAACUAACCUAACUAACCUUCCUUACCUAAUCCACGUCUACGUUAUCUUCAAGAAUAGAUCAACUUUCCUUACCCUAACCCUAAGAAACUCCAACAUCUACGUUAUCUUCAAGGAGAUGUAAAUUUUAUAGAUGUUAAUUCAUAAGAGUAAAACAAAAUCUUUUAAAUUAAUGAAAUUUGAGUAAUUAUUUUAUUAAAAUAGAAUGUAAUAUUAAUUUA